AUGCUGCAGCUCUUAGUCAGGCUGAGUCGGCCGCAAGAGAGCCCGAGCGACUUCCUCUCCCACGAGAAAUUCGCUUUGGUCAUUUUAGAAAGCCAAGUUUUCGACGUCCCGAAGAUCAUCGACAUUUGCGUCAUCUAUGGCGACGCCAAUCGAAGCACUGUGACGAAGAUCGUUCACUCUGCUUUCAGAUAUCAGCCGCUCUUCAAGGAGGAUUUCAGCUCCGUCGUUCAGCACAUGCUGGAUGGGCUCCUCCAAUGCUGCGCCCCGCUGCAGUUUGCUGCCAGGGAGCAGAAGCUGAGUGAUCAGGACCUCUCAGUGAGUGAAUGUUUGUCCUUCUUGCCGGAUAUGCUGAGCUGCUUCAAUGCGAUCUUCUGCUUCUUCCCAGAGGAUUGUGUGGAGAAGCUGAUGGGAGGUAGCCUGAAGGUGGAUGGCGCCAGCGGCUCCACGACUGCG